AUGGUUACAAUUCUUCAGGAAAAUUUACUUCCGGAUGGUCCGGUGAUUGCGGUAGCGGCGGACGCGCUGCAUCUACCUGGUACACUUGAUCAGUAUUUGUUGUGUCCUACCUGCCGCGCACAAUAUCUGCGCAAAACUCCAGCUGGUUAUCGACAGAACACGCCGCUGGAGGGAAUUUCGUUUGUCAACAAAUGCGUUCGACUCCCGUCCGGAGAUCAUUAUGAAACAGAAUGCAAUCUUCCUCUUGGACUUAAACUCAUCGUUGGACUGUGA